UCUUGGAGGACCGGUCUAUGCAUAUACUCCGCGGCUAAUGCGCCCUAUAUCCCGCGCCGCACAGUCUACUAGUCGCCCCCCGGAUGGAGCCCGUGCCAUUGCGCGCUCGGUCGCGUCGGCACGUCCGCCUCUCGCAGCGUCGCCUGACAGUCGCGACCCUGUCAAAACCAUCCCCUGCCAGCCCCUUCUUGUCACGGUCCUCGCUUGCUUUCCUGUGCUGUGUUCGUUUCUUUGUACGUCGUGCGCUCCCUCCCGAUGGUCUUACUGCUGUUCUCGGCACCGUCUUUCCUUGGCUUCCUCUUUCCUUCCCUUGUCUGCCUACUCAUCUCUCCCCUCGUCCUCAUCCUCACCAUGUACUAUUACGUCCCAUUAUGGCCCCCUCCUCAUACGGACUUGCCCAUUUCACAUAUGGACUUGCCACUCAUCCAUCUCAUGGGGCCCCAUUCAUGCCUUACUUCCGAAUCCUGACGUACCUAUCUAUUGUUCCUCCUCUUCUUUUCCCUCGAUCAAAUCCAUCUCGGACCCUACCUCACGGACAUGGCUUUCUUUGUCGUGUCACCAGCACGGUCCCCCAUGGACAUAUCUACUCAAUUGUACACUAUAGUACAUACACUCAUACAGCACCGCUGCGCUUGCGCACGAUUACAUCUAGUACGACUCACCGGGCUUCCCUCUUGCUGGUUACUUUCCUGGGGAUCCGGAUUAAACCUAUUAUCGACUGAUGUUGUACUAUCUUAUAUUGCUUGCAAGGCCUGCUUCCUUUUUGCUUUCUUCUAGGCCGAG